AAGGCUAAAAAGGAAAUGUGUAACGAUGACUUACUCAUCUUCUUCUACUGGUCGUCUCCGUCUUUAACAGGUGGUAAUCGUUCCUCGUAAACGUCAUUUCUCUCGUGUUUAAAGCUCGGAUCUCCUCGUUCGUCCCCCAGAAUCGUACAUGGAGCUCGAAUUGGGAGAGCAAUAGAGGAGAAUCCUAUUGAUCGAGGGCUUUUGUGGAAGUUCUGUUCGGAGGAACCGAUGCUGAGGAAACUGCAGCAUGUAACUUAAGAAAGAACUCAAGAUCAAAAAUUGUUGCAUGCUAGGGUUUUCUUUUGAAGGGCUUUGAGCUUCGUAAACCAGAUGCUGAAGAAAUAAGAGGACUUGAAGGAGAUUAUUAUAUUUGGUUGAGAAGAUGGUGGAGGGUCCGAAAUUUGCUGGGAUUAUAGGGGACGACAACAAUGAACACAAUUACUAUGAUUUCACAUCAGGGUUCUACCAUAAAAUUGGGGAAGGCUCCAACAUGUCGAUUGACAGUGUUGGAAGCAUGCAGACCAGCAAUGCUGGGGGUUCGGUUUCGAUGUCUGUGGAUAACAGUAGUGUUGGGUCAAAUGACUCCCACACUCAUAUCUUGGGCCACCCUGGGCUGCGUCCAAUGAAGAUGGACAACAAUUCUGUAGGCUACAGUGUUCGUCCAGGAAGAGUCUCACAUGCCCUGAGCGAUGAUGCCCUUGCCCAGGCCCUAAUGGAUACCAGAUUCCCCACGGAAGGGCUACAAAACUAUGAUGAAUGGACAAUCGAUUUGAGGAAGCUUAACAUGGGGACUGCUUUUGCACAGGGAGCUUUUGGGAAGCUCUAUAAAGGGACUUACAAUGGUGAGGAUGUUGCUAUCAAAAUAUUGGAAAGACCGGAGAACAAUGCAGAGAGGGCACAGUUGAUGGAGCAACAGUUCCAGCAGGAAGUCAUGAUGCUGGCUACACUGAAGCACCCGAACAUAGUACGUUUUAUUGGAGCUUGCCGUAAGCCGAUGGUUUGGUGCAUUGUGACAGAGUAUGCAAAGGGUGGGUCAGUUCGACAAUUCUUGAUGAGACGGCAUAAUCGGUCGGUACCUUUGAAAUUGGCAGUCAAGCAGGCUUUGGAUGUUGCUAGGGGGAUGGCAUAUGUACAUGGGCUUGGUUUCAUUCACAGGGAUUUAAAGUCAGACAACCUCUUGAUUUCUUCAGACAAAUCAAUCAAGAUUGCAGAUUUUGGAGUAGCAAGGAUUGAGGUUCAGACAGAGGGAAUGACACCAGAGACGGGAACAUAUCGUUGGAUGGCCCCAGAGAUGAUCCAGCAUAGGCCAUACACACAAAAGGUUGAUGUGUACAGCUUUGGAAUUGUUCUGUGGGAGCUCAUCACUGGCAUGCUUCCCUUCCAGAAUAUGACAGCAGUGCAGGCAGCAUUUGCCGUUGUGAACAAGGGUGUCAGGCCUAUUAUCCCUAAUGACUGUCUUCCUGCACUAAGUGAGAUCAUGACACGCUGUUGGGAUGCCAACCCUGAGGUUCGCCCUCCAUUCACUGAGGUUGUUAGGAUGCUUGAGAAUGCAGAGAUGGAGAUCAUGACUACUGUCCGCAAGGCCCGUUUCAGGUGUUGCAUGACACAACCAAUGACAGCUGACUGAUCCAGAAUCAAGAUAAAAAAAAAGAACAAAGAAAACAGGAAAAUGGAAAGAUAAAAAUGCAGAAGGUGAUUUUAUGUGAGCCCUGUGUAUCUACCAGUCUUCUUUUUUCAGAUAGGAAACAAAAAUGAAUUGUUACUACAAGGACUACCAGUCUCCGGUUUCUGGUAUGUACUGGGCUUGAUUCUGGUAUCUACUGGUUUCUGGUUUUAUUUUACUGGACUGCUGUUUCUGAAGUAGUAGUAGAGGAGAUUGAUGUGCAUCCUCCCUUUCUUGUUAUAUGUGGGCCUGCAUUCUUAGUUGCUUUGCUUUUAACAAAAGCAGGUUCUUUACCGGAUUACUCUGCUUUUUUGUUUGCUGUUGGAUGGUGGUGUCAUUGCUGUACUAAGUUAUUCGCAAUUUACAGUCUGUUAUCAUUUCUUUUCUCCUCUUUCCUACACUGGUCUUAGUCAUUCCAAACAUCAAACCUGAAUUAAAAGGAGUUGCCAAUGACAA